AUGGCUUUUGCUGCACUACUCUUGUUCAUAACCACUGGUGCUGUUUUAGGAAUCUUCCUUAAAUUUAUGGAAACACCAGUAGUGAAGGCCAACAACCAAGAUCUCACCUACAUUCUUCUCUUCUCCCUCCUGCUCUCCUUCUUGUUCUCUUUUCUUUUUAUUGGACAGCCUGAUAAGGUCAUCUGUCUCCUCCGACAGACUGGCUUUAGUAUCAUUUUCUCUGUUGCCAUCUCUUCUGUGUUGGCCAAAACCAUUACGGUGGUGGUGGCCUUCAUGGCCGCAGAGCCAGGGAACACAAUGAGGAAAUGGCUGGGGAAGAGCUUGUCAAACUCCAUUGUCAUUUCCUGUUCUAGCCUACAAGUUGCCAUUUGCAUGAUUUGGCUGGGAAUCUCUCCCCCCUUCCUGGAGUCUGACAUGCAUGUCCUGCCUGGACAGAUCACACUGCAGUGCAAUGAAGGCUCUGUUACCAUGUUUUAUACAGCCCUUGGCUACUUGGGCCUCCUGGCUGCUAUCUGUUUCAUGGUGGCUUUCCUGGCCAGGAAGCUGCCUGGUUCAUUCAAUGAAGCCAAGCUGAUCACUUUCAGCAUGCUGGUCUUCUGCAGCAUGACAGCGGGUGAAUCGAUGUGA